AUGGAGGCGGCAGCCACGGAGCGCCCCGCAGGCUGGCCGGGGGCGCCCAUCGCCCGGACUGGGCUCCUGCUCCUCUCUACUUGGGUCCUAGCUGGGGCCGAGAUCACUUGGGGCGGCGGCGGCAGCGGCGGCAGUGCUCCCACCUCGCCGCCCCGGCUGCCGCUGCUCUCGCCGCGGGGAGUCUCGGGCCAGUGGCCGGAGCCGGCGGCGGGGAGAGGCGGGGGUCUGGGGCGCUGGCCCCGGGAGGAGAUGCCUUAUCCCGGUAGUGGCGGCAACAGCCAGGCGGAGGAGGAAGAGGAGGAAGAGGAGGAGGCGGCUGGGGGGCAGGAAGAGAGAGCGCCCUGGGGCCGCGGUUUUGAAGAGCUCAGGGGGUCUUCUCCAGCUGCGCAAGGAAAGCUUGGUGCUAGGAGGAGUCGCAGGGCGCAGCCCGCAGGCUCUCUGGCCCAUUGGGGCAGCCGGGGAAAUUCCCCGGCGGACGGAUCGCGAGGCAGCCGGGCGCCGGCCAAAGGCUCCCAGGAAGAAGGGAGGGGGCCGAGAGCUCGGGGGGCGGCGGCAGAAGAGCUCAAACUGACCAGCACCUCGUUCGCCCUGACCGGAGACUCCGCGCACAAUCAAGCCAUGGUACACUGGUCCGGAUACAACAGCAGCGUGAUACUGAUUCUGACCAAACUCUAUGACUUCAACCUGGGCAGUGUGACGGAGAGCUCACUUUGGAGGUCAACAGACUAUGGCACUACCUAUGAGAAACUGAAUGACAAAGUGGGGCUCAAGACUGUCCUGAGUUACCUUUAUGUCAAUCCUACCAACAAACGGAAGAUAAUGCUUCUCAGUGAUCCUGAGAUUGAGAGCAGCAUUUUGAUUAGCUCAGAUGAAGGUGCAACCUACCAAAAGUACCGGCUGAACUUUUAUAUUCAGAGCCUGCUUUUCCAUCCUCAGCAGGAAGACUGGAUCUUAGCCUACAGCCUGGACCAAAAGCUCUAUAGCUCUCUGGAUUUUGGGAGAAGAUGGCAACUGAUGCAUGAACACAUUACGCCCAACAGGUUUUACUGGUCAGUCACAGGCUUGGAUAAGGAGCCUGACCUUGUACACAUGGAGGCGAGGACGACUGACGGAUAUGCCCACUAUCUCACCUGCCGUAUCCAGGAGUGUUCAGAAACCACCAAGAGUGGGCCCUUCGCACGCUCCAUUGACAUCAGUUCAUUGGUGGUCCAGGAUGAAUAUGUUUUCAUUCAGGUGACUUCGAGUGGAAGAGCCAGCUACUAUGUGUCCUACAGAAGAGAACCCUUUGCCCAGAUCAAGCUGCCCAAGUAUUCCCUGCCAAAGGACAUGCAUAUAAUCAGCACAGAUGAGAACCAGGUGUUUGCAGCGGUUCAAGAGUGGAACCAAAAUGAUACGUAUAACCUUUACAUCUCUGACACACGUGGCGUCUACUUCACCUUGGCCCUGGAGAAUGUCAAGAGUAGUCGGGGUCUAGAGGGCAAUAUCAUCAUUGACCUAUAUGAGGUAGCAGGCAUCAAAGGGAUAUUCCUGGCCAACAAAAAGGUGGAUGACCAAGUGAAGACUUACAUCACUUACAACAAAGGCAGGGAUUGGCGGCUGCUGCAGCCUCCAGACACUGAUCUGAGAGGGAGCCCCGUCAACUGUUUGUUGCCCUUUUGUUCCUUACAUCUCCAUCUGCAGCUCUCAGAAAACCCAUAUUCAUCAGGACGAAUCUCCAGCAAAGACACAGCCCCUGGGCUGGUGGUAGCCACAGGUAAUGUGGGCACAGAACUCUCCUACACGGAAGUUGGCAUGUUUGUCUCUUCUGAUGGUGGAAAUACCUGGAGACAGAUCUUUGAUGAAGAGUAUAACAUUUGGUUCUUGGACUGGGGAGGAGCUCUUGUGGCCAUGAAACACACAUCUAUGCCCAUCAGGCAUCUGUGGGUGAGUUUCGAUGAGGGGAGCUCCUGGGACAAGUAUGGUUUUACUUCGGCUCCACUCUUCGUGGAUGGGUGUCUGGUGGAUCCAGGUGUGGAGACGCAGAUAAUGACAGUUUUUGGCCACUUCAGCCUCCGUUCAGAGUGGCAGCUGGUGAAAGUGGACUACAAAUCCAUCUUCAGUCGAAGGUGCAACAAGGAUGACUUCGAGACCUGGCACUUGCUUAAUCAGGGAGAACCUUGUGUCAUGGGGGAAAGGAAGAUAUUCAAGAAACGCAAGCCAGGAGCACAGUGUGCAUUAGGACGUGAUUACUCUGGAACUGUGGUCUCUGAACCAUGCAUCUGUGCAGACUGGGACUUUGAAUGUGAUUAUGGCUAUGAGAGACACGGAGAUAACCAGUGCAUCCCUGCUUUCUGGUACAACCCAUCUUCUCCAUCGAAAGACUGCAGCCUUGGCCAAAGCUACCUCAACAGUACUGGGUACCGGAGAAUUGUGUCUAACAACUGCACAGAUGGGCUAAGGGAGAAGUACACCGCUAAAUCCCAGCAGUGCCCAGGCAAGGCACCAAGGGGGCUCCACGUGGUGACUGUGGACGGGAGGCUGGUGGCUGAGCAAGGGCACAAUGCCACCUUCGUCAUCCUCAUGGAGGAGGGUGAUCUCCAGAGGACAAACAUCCAGCUAGACUUUGGAGAUGGGAUUGCUGUGUCCUAUGCUAACUUCAGCCCCAUUGAGGAUGGCAUCAAGCAUGUGUACAAGAGCGCGGGGAUCUUCCAGGUGACAGCCUAUGCGGAGAACCACUUGGGCUCGGAUACUGCUGUCCUCUUCCUACAUGUGGUUUGUCCUGUGGAACAUGUCCAUCUCAGUGUUCCUUUUGUAGCCAUCAGGAAUAAAGAGGUCAACGUCACUGCGGUUGUCUGGCCCAGCCAGCUGGGAACCCUCACCUAUUUCUGGUGGUUUGGCAACAGCACUAAGCCCCUGAUCACCUUGAACAGUAGCAUUUCCUUCAUGUUCACCUCUGAGGGAUUGAACACCAUAACAGUCCAGGUGGCGGCCGGCAAUGCCCUCAUCCAGGACUCCAAAGAUAUCGCAGUGCAUGAAUAUUUCCAGUCACAGUUGCUGUCAUUCUCACCCAAUCUGGAUUACCACAAUCCUGACAUCCCUGAGUGGAGACAAGAUAUUGGCAAAGUCAUCAAGCGAGCUCUGGUCAAAGUCACCAGUGUCCCAGAAGACCAGAUUCUAGUGGCAGUGUUCCCUGGCCUCCCUACCUCAGCUGAGCUCUUCAUCCUGCCCCACAAAAACAUGACUGAGAGAAGGAAAGGCAAUGAAGCAGACCUGGAGCAAAUUGCAGAACUCCUGUUUAAUGCUCUAAAUCAGAACUUGGUCCAGUUUGAGCUAAAGCCAGGGGUCCAAGUCAUCGUCUAUGUCACUCAGUUGACAUUAGCCCCGCUUGUGGACUCCAGCACAGGGCAUAGCAGCUCAGCAAUGUUGAUGCUUUUGUCUGUGGUGUUUGUGGGUUUGGCUGUCUUCUUGAUCUAUAAGUUUAAAAGGAAAAUUCCCUGGAUUAAUAUCUAUGCCCAAGUUCAACAUGACAAGGAGCAGGAGAUGAUUGGGUCAGUGAGCCAAAGUGAAAAUGCUCCCAAAAUCACCCUCAGUGACUUUACAGAGCCCGAGGAGCUGCUGGACAAAGAAUUGGACACACGGGUCAUAGGUGGUGUUGCCACCAUUACCAACAGCGGAAGCACAAAGGAAAUCCCCAACUGCACUAGUGUUUAAUGCGGAGAAGCCACUUGGUCUACAACCUCUCUGACAUUUUUUUUUAUUCUUGAUGAUUAUUGUUCUUAUUAUUAUGGGGGAGG